GGUCAUGAGUCGGAGCAGGAACCCCCCGCAGAAGGGUCAAGGAGCGGCCCGGGCCAAACAGAUGGGUCUGCUCUUAGACCUGGAUCCUGACGGAGGGAUGGACUCUGGGGGAAAUGAUGAAGACUUGGAGGCGGAGCUGCUUGCUCUGGUUGGAGGAGGAGGACGAGGAGGGGGCGGAGCCCCUGGAAAGAAAGGCGGAGGGAAAGCUCCAUUGCCCAUGGAGGACAUUGAGCGGAUGGCUGCUCUCUGUAUGAAGGACUUGGAUGAAGAUGAUGAUGAUGGUGACUUGGAGGAUGACGCUGACCUCCUGGCAGAGCUGAAUGACGUGUUGGAGGAUGAUGAGGAGGAAGAGAAGGAGGCAAAGAAACCCGCUCCUGCUGCCACUCCUCCUCGUGCGGACGCCACGCCCAAAUCCACCCCCACCACGCCCAGUGGUACGUCCGGCGUGGAGUCCCGCCUGCAGGAACGCAUAGAGAUGUACCAGACGGCCAUUACCAACGCCAAGGCCGCGGGGGAGAGCAGCAAAGUGCGCAGAUAUGAGCGCGGGCUGAAGACGUUGCAGACGAUGCUGACCCAAGCGAAGAAAGGGAAACCCAUCAACGAGGACGAGAUCCCGCCCCCUGUCGCCACGGGAGCAAAGCCUGCCUCCGCUGAGCCAAUCAGAGAGCUGGAACGUCCUCCUCCCGACUACACGCCUCCAAAGCCGGUCAAUGAAAAGUCACAGAGGGAGGCGCAGCCUGCUGUCGCUCCUAAGCCCCACCUCCUCCAGCCUCCUUCUGACAGAGCGUCUGCUGUCACUCCAGACACACCAGCCAUCUCUCCUCUCACUCCCAGCCAACCGAACGCACAGCAAUCAGAGCUAAAGACUCAAGUACAGAGCAGACAGAGAGAGUACAAACUGGCUGCCUUACACGCCAAGCAAGCCGGAGACUCUGACCUAGCCAAACAACUCUACCAAGUCGCCAAGAGUUUAGACUCAGUAGUGGAGGCCGUUGACAAAGGCGAGCCCGUGGAUGUUGGCUCUCUGCCGCCCCCUCUUGGAGAGGCUGUGGCAGCGAAACCUGCUCCUCCCCCUCAGACCUCCACCAAACCAGCUCCCACUCCCCAACAAGCACCUCCUCCUCAACCAGCAGACGCGCCUCUGGCUGCUCCCAGGACCCUAGCGGAGGCUCUACAGCAGCGUAUGGACAGAUACAAAGCGGCGGCGGAGAACGCCAAGAGCAAAGGGGACGACCGCAAGGCCCGCAUGCACCAGCGCAUCGUCAAGCAAUAUCAAGAUGCCAUCAAAGCUCACAAAGCCGGACGACCUGUCAAUCUGGCGGAGCUUCCCGUGCCGCCAGGUUGCCCUCCCCUGCAGGGUUCAGAGGGUGGGGAGCAGAACUUUAUGGGCGUCUUGGAGACAGCCAUGAAACUAGCCAAUCGGGAUGCAGACGCCGAGGAUGACGAUGAUGAGGAAGAGGCCAAGACAGCGCAUCCUGCAGUCCAGAAGGCUCGAGCUCCCGCCCCUCCGUCCUCCUCAGGCUCUCCUGCAGGGACCCCACCCGCCUCCACCCAGGCCCCAAAGCUCGGGCCUAAAUCCCAGCAGCAGUUGGACUUCCUGAUGAUGAGGAGGGAGCAGUUCAGGAGAGCUGCUCUUCGCUCCAAACAGAUGAAGGACAUGCAGGGGGCGUCGCAGCACCUCGGCAACGCCAAACGACUCGAACCCAUGAUCGAAGCCACCAAGAGCGGCUUGCCCGUGGACAUCUCCAAGGUGCCCAGCGCUCCAGUUAAUGAGGAUGAUUAUUCUCUGGGCCGUUCACGCUCCUCAUCCCGGCCCUCAGAGCAGCACACACAACUCAUGGACCUGCUCCGUCGCCAACACGAGAAAUGCUUGGCUCUCUCUCACCAGUUCACCCAGAUGAGUAAUAUUGGUGAGACCGUCAGGUUUGAGAAGCUGGCUGCUGAGUGUAUGAAUAGCAUAGACAUACUGAAGGCAGCGUAUGCUAAAGGCCUCCCUCUACCAAAAUACCACACAGAGGAACGCACAUAUAACACUCUCAAGGUCAAUAACAUGCUGACAGCCAAUGAGAUGUUGUUAACUAUAGUGAAAGGAGUCAACCUACCUGCUCCCCCAGGAGUGUCUCCCAGUGAUCUUGAUGCUAGCGUGCGCUUUGAGUUUCCAUUUCCCAGUGCGGAAGAAGCUCAGAGGGAUAAGACCGGCACUGUGAAAAACACCAGCAGCCCAGAGUUCAGACAGGAUUUUAGAUUGAACAUUAACAGAAACCAUCGGGGUUUUAAGAGAGUGGUCCAGUCUAAAGGCAUCAAGUUUGAGAUCAUCCAUAAAGGUGGUCUCUUUAAGACAGAUAAAGUGGUGGGAAAUGCCCAAUUGAAGCUGGAGGCUCUGGAGAAACAGUGUGAUAUCAGAGAGAUUAUAGACGUGCUGGACGGGAGGAAGGCCACGGGAGGUAAGCUGGAGGUGAAGGUGAAGAUUCGGGAGCCGUUAGGAGGAGCCCAGCUCCAGUCCGUCACAGACAAAUGGAUCGUUCUGGAACCUCUGCCCGUCACCCCCGACAGAGAGAAAGAACGGAGGGAGAGAGAGAGAGAUCGGGCUCCUUCACCCAGAUCCAGACCCAGGAGUGACCAUGGACAGAACGUCAAACCCAGUCUCUCUCCUCCUCAAUACAAGCUCUACAGCUUCAGCCUGCUGAACAACGAAAAGGAGAGAUUGGAAAGAAAGAUUGGAGACUACUCGAAGAGUAGGCGGGACCCUCCCUCAGAUCUGCUGCGUGAUCAUAAGGACAUCUGUAACAGGUUACAGUGGCAGAGGGCCUAUCUGGGGAAAGGAUCCUCUGCUCUCAGAGAAUAUGAAGAGGUGUUGAAGAUGCUUGAACACAGUCUUGGUCAGUCAGUGACAAUGUACUCCCAAAAAGGGAACAGAGAUGCUGCCAAAGAAGCUCUCUACAAGAAGAAUUUAGUGGAGAAGGAGCUGAAUUCUGUGAUAGCGAAGAGACGCUCUGUGUGAAAGGGCACACACAGGGAAGAGGAAUGAACGGAGCAAUGGCUGGAACACUGUUCAACAUCACCCACCCACACACACACACACACACACAC